GGCCCAAGUGGGGAGAGUGGGUGUUCAUGUUCGGCCUGAUGUCAUGAGGCGGAACGGGAGGCACGGCUAGCGGCGGCGGGUACACGGCUGGGAGGCGUAAUGACAACCGCGGUGCCAUUUUGACGCUCACUUUUCGGACCUUUAACGGCGUGUUGUGGACUUGAAUACGCCCGUGUCCCACCACCGCUCCAUGGAAGAAGAACACGGAGCGGGGAGGAGUGAGCCUGCUCGGCUAACAAACUGACGGAGAACCAGGGGAGCCGAGACGGUGAUGAGCUCUCGUUAGCUACGGUGACUUCGGGGGACAACGAAACCCAACGGAUACUACUGCUCCGCUUCUCAGGCGUCUCGGUUAGUGUGUGAAAUGCUGUCGUGGUCUCCGCCUUCGAGCAGCCUACGGGCCGAAUCUGGGAAGUAGCUAGCUCCAGCUGCGCCCGAUGCGUCCGAGCGACAACACAAGCGCUUUAGCCGCGAGCUAUUGUUUGACGUGCGGCGCAUUUGAGAUGUGAUGCUUUGGCGUGGAGAAGGGCGCUGAAACAUUGCUGCGAAAAAAAUGGGAAGCACAACAGCGGGGCUCCCGCUGUGGUGGUAGAAGGGGGCGAGGUUAGACCGACAACAGCCGGCUCACUGUGUCCCUCUCCCCGGGGUCAGACUUGGACAACGGCCGCCACAUUUCCCCCCCUCUAAUCCCUGCCUCCCUCCCCACCGUCGUCAUUGACAGCCUCGCUGGAUGAAGGAGAAAAUAUGGAUAAGCUGACCAUCAUUUCAGGGUGCCUGUUUCUGGCGGCGGAUAUCUUUGCAAUCGCCAGCAUUGCAAACCCAGACUGGAUCAACACUGGCGAGUCAGCAGGUGCCCUCACGGUCGGUCUAGUCCGGCAAUGUCAGACCAUCCACGGAAGGGACCGGACCUGCAUCCCUCCACGGUUGCCCCCUGAGUGGGUCACUACGCUUUUCUUCAUCAUCAUGGGCAUCAUCUCCCUCACCGUCACCUGCGGACUCCUGGUGGCAUCACACUGGCGCCGAGAGGCCACUAAAUACGCCCGCUGGAUUGCCUUCACUGGCAUGAUCCUAUUCUGCAUGGCGGCGCUCAUCUUCCCCAUAGGCUUCUACAUAAACGAGGUGGGAGGCCAGCCGUACAAGCUGCCCAACAACACGGUGGUGGGCUCCUCCUACGUGCUUUUCGUCCUCUCCAUCUUCUUCACGAUAGUGGGACUGCUGUUCGCCGGCAAAGUUUGCCUCCCGGGCUGAAGUCUGGACCGUGCCCGCCUUUGGACACACCAAUUAAUUUGUCGGGAUUUACGGGACACGCAACGACGGAAAAUCUUAACAUGACAAACUCUGGGCCGAGAUUUUCUGGGACCUGGUGAAGUAUUGAACUACUAAAUGAUGACAAUACGUCCAUCGGGCGCAAGGGGGCGCGGAGGGGUGCGGGGGAGGCGGGCAUCCUGCCACUGUUCAUUUCAUACAUGGGCGCCUCUGUGGUUCUACUGGGAAGGGUGCCGCUGCCAUGGCAACUGCAGGGAUAGCGGAGGACCACUGAAGGCCUCGACUACCCCCACGCCGCCGCAGCCCGCCGGGCCACGUCGCCCUCGACACACAGCCGCACCGUCAAUGAUGAUCCCCUGUUGCUAUUUUUUGGGCCUCUUUGCUAUUUCAGUGUUAUUUUUUGUUGUUGUUGUUGUACAUUUUAAUUGUGUUCGCCUUUCGACAGAAGUAUUUUCAGUGUGAAUGAGGAGGUGCUGGUUUGUCGAUCGGGUCGCCGCUCGCCCGUCAUCUCACAUGACUCCCCGCCUCGACCUGGGAGGUAGGUGGGUGGCGGCCAAGAUGCGGAGGUCAGCGCACAUACAGCGGCCGCUCUCUGAGGUCACACACACACACGCACCAAAGAGGGGAAUGCCACCAAAUGCAACAGCUUAUAUUAUCUAUGCUCAUUUUACACCAAGUACAGUGGUGCCUUGAGAAACAAGUUGAAUUCCUUCCUUGACGCUCGUAGUCAUCUUUCCCCAUUGAAAUGAAAUGCUAUUAAUCCGUUCCAGCCUUCCCCCCCCCAAAAUACAACACAAAAUGUUGUAAUAUAUGUGUGGAAAAUAGCACUAUGUAAUAUUAUACUUUAUAAAAACAUACAGUGAUCAAGUAAUUGAUUAGAAUUUACAGAAUUAAGCAUUUUUUGCCACAUUUAUUGCUUCUAUUCAAUGGAAUUUGUGCUGCUCCUGGUAGGCGAGCCUUAGCCACCUGGGGGCAGUAUAAUACAGCCAUACUGUACAUGGAAUUGGUCAACACUUCUCAGUAAGCCACAGAGGAUAAAGAAUAUCUGCCUGUGAGUAUUGUUUUUGUUUACAUGUGUUGCUUUACCAUACAGUGUGUUUAAAUAUUUGUUUCUGAAAUGGUUAUAACACUGCAACACUGAUGCUAUUCGUUAGCUCGUCGGUGGCGUUUUGCAUUGUUAGUAUUAAGCUAAACAGCCUUACCUCAAUCAAAGCAUUGAGGUUGUUUUGAAUACACAAUGUGUAAUUCUUUGUUUUGUUUAGUUUGACAGUAAACCUGAGCUGGGAGUGGCAACAAAUAGCUUGAAGCAUCUUUUUUUUUUUUUUUAAACUCUUCACCACUUGCCAAUCGGCUCACUUGUAUCUCAAGGCACAACUGUCGUGACCCACAUUAAAAUACAGGAAUGUAGUAGGCUGAAGUCUUAAUCAGUAUAUUACAAUUUUUUUUAUUUGCCACUGGAACAUGGUGGGAACAUUAACACUGCGCUUGCACUAACACUAAAUGAUUCAAUUAAAAUGAAUUGCAUAUAAAAGUGAAAUAAAAAUUGGACCCAAAUGUUAAAAACAAACCGUUCUUAAUAUUAAAUGCAAAUGUAUUGCACUUAAAAGUUCAAUACAACUGAACUGUAUAAAGCAGUAUUAAAAUAUAGACGGUAUUGACGUGCACUUCUUCUAUUUGGUAGCAGUCUUGUUUGUGCAAAGUGCAGCCGCAAGGACGGCGGGCGGAUAAGUGUGCUGCUUCAGAGCUGUUGGAAGGGACUCACGCUGCUAAAUAUAGCGCCGAAUAUUGACUCCUUUCCACAAAAAAAAGCUGCGGUUGCAUAAGGUGAGGAAUUGGCUUCUGUGAAUGUUGACAAUCGGUGGUGUUCUCCUUUAAGGUCACGGACAGGCGAGCGAGCGGGGAGCAUCUUUUUGUCCUCUUUUGAUAUACGGACGGAGGCACAGGGACUGCAGGUCAGGCCGUUCGUGGGGUUGCGCCUCAGUGUGCUGCUCUUGAGCUUUGGGAAUGGAACACACGCACACACAUUACACAAAGAGAGGUUAUGUUUAGUGGAAAAAUACCCAACUCGAGGCCCCUGAGCCCAAAGGUGAUGUUAACUAAUAGAAACAGGAUACACAAUGUGAAUAGGAAUUGUUUUGGAAUCUUAAUACAUUAAUGGCAGGCUAACGAAAAUCACAUUUGAUACUGUGCGGGGAACUCGUUUAUGACAUGAGCUUUAAAUCACAUGAAUGGCUAUGAGCAUCGGUGCUGCUGUUUUGGUUGGCGACAUUAAUACAAGCCCAACAGUUAACUUUUUAAUGUCCGUGUGUGCAUCAAUAAAUUGAGGUGGUUACAGUUACUACCGCCCGGAUCCGCAUGUGGCGCAUGCAGCGGGGGCGCUUAUAAUGUCAAUUUAUAUAAAUUCAGAACAGUUUGUUCACAGACACAUUUUCGGAAAUACACAACUCACAAAAGGUGUGUUUGGUGUUGAAUUUCACUCUUGGUGGGUGGGGAGGCGCUCUUGAGUAUGAGAGACAUCAUUCAAGAUUACAACACACACACACACACAACUGAAAUGCUCUCAUACUCAUUACUUACUGCUGAUUUUUUUUUUUACACACACUACUGAAGUUUUGCUUACAUUUAGUAAAAUGCUCUCAUACACACUGCAGAUUCUUUUUGCACUCACAUGCGCAACUGAAAUCCUUUCGCACAUAUUGAAAUAAGAUGGCACCGUAUCCAGAAAAAUGCUCAUAUAAUAUGCUGAAAUUUAUGUUAUUGCAUUUCAGUGUAAGGUAUUAGCAUUUUCAGUGUGACGUGUCAAAGGAUUUCAUUUUCGUGUGAGAGCGUUUCAUACAAAAGUAAAACACACAUACACACAACUGAAACGCUCUCAUACACACAACUGAAUUAUCUCCUGCUCACAUAAAACUGAAAUCUUUUAACGCGUUAUUCUAAAAUACACUCAUAACAUACUGUGCGCUUCACACUUGAUAUUGAACUGUACUUUUAAAGUACACUCAUAAAACGCUCUCAUACACACAACUUGAAUGAAUAUUUCUGUAUAUUCAAUGCGCACGUUUCAGUGUAAUGAAUGAGUGUAUUUCAGUAUGAGGUAUAAAAGGAUUUCAGUUGUGUGUGUGAGAGAUCAGAAAUAAAUCAUUGUAUGCGAGCGCUUCAGUGGUGUAUGAGAGCAUUUUGUUAGCGUGUGUGAGAGCAUUUUAGAGGGCUAUAUAAGAGGUAAUCCUGAAUUAUAUCCCUGAGGCCUUCUCAUAAUAGAGACCCAAAUAUUUGUAUGGCACUUUUUCACAUUUUUUGAUGGUGGCCGCUUAUUCAAUAAUUUUUGGGGUUUAAAAAAAAAAAAAAAAAAAGAGAAAAUCUGGAGGGAAAAAAAAUUCAAUACAACUGUAUAAUGGCCGUCAAUUAUCCACACAUUUUUGCUAAUGGCGCCCCGGCCCCGUUCCUAUCCCCCGCCAAUAGUGGGGGUCCACUGUGCAAUCGAUUAAAAAGUCAAUUUUUUGCAAUACGUCGGUUUUGAAGUUGAUUACACACCUGUCGACUAAUCGGGGCAUUUGGAGUCUAUUAGCGGUAGGGCUGCUACUUGAGGGAAUAUACAGUUGGGGUAAAUGUUUCUUGCUAAGCAGCCACAUCCAACCUUGAGUUUGUUACUGUCCACAUUUACAUAUAAAGUGGGAGCAACUUUCUGUGUGUGUGUGUGUGUGUGUGUGUGUGUGUGUGUGUGUGACAACUUUCGGCAGAGCUCAAUCACAAAGUCUUGAGAGUUUUGUAUCGGUUUCCCCUCCACACGUAUGUUCUCUUUCUCAGUAUUGUGCCAUGGCCUCUUUUUGUUCGACAAUGAUGUACAGACACAAAGGCAGGAUUUUCUGUAUUAGGAUGGACUGUGCAUUCAACAGUAUAGCUAACAGGAAUAGUUGCACCACGAAUGUGUUCAAAAAACUAAAAUGAAAAAAAAAGAAAGAAAAGAGAACUUCUUACCUCAUUGUUUGUAUUUUUUUCAAAUGGUGGCAAAGUGUGCCCUCUUAAAGUGUCUCUUGCCUUGAUCGGAUGUCUACACAUAAAGCCUAUGCUCAUAGGAAAUUAUUUAUCACUGAAUAAAAAAGGAAACUUGC